CACGACUUUAAAUUUACAUAAACUUACCCUAAUUAGCUUACACAAUUGAAUAAUUUAGCUCGACCGAUUCUAACCGGUCCGUAUACCCUUGCAAAUUUCAAGCAUAAACCUCCACUCCGUCUCCGUCCACGGCGUGCUGCCUACAGAGCCAUCUCCACUCUGCAACUCCUCAAAUCUUUGCUAAAUUUUCUACUCUUUAAUGGCGCGAGUUCUUGCACAGUCUCGGCGCCGGAUUCUACCACUCACAACGCCUUCCCGUUGGUGGGUUGAACAACCCUUAGAGCCUUCUACAUGGACGCUGAAAUUGGAGGCCCAGUCACCAAACAUCAGCUGCAUCAGGUUGCUUAGUAUGCAAGCAAAUCCUACUGCUCAAGCCCGACCAAUGGGUUCUAUGAAAGUGUCCAUGACAAGUCCAGGGUUUGUAUACGAUCCAUAUUCACCACGUGAACCAAUCUCAUUCUUGUCUAGUCCACAUAAUGCAGUCAAGUCUGCUGAAAUACUGUUCAGGCCUAAUCUUGAUAGUCAGUUUAGUGCUCUUCAACAGAAUUCCAACAAGUACUCAGCAUUUGUGAAAUGGUUCACUAGAUCUGGUUGGAAGAGAUUAAAAGAAGAUAUUAUUCUAGAGCUAAAAAGUGCUUAUGCAAUUGCAAAAUUAAGGAAAUCUGGGUAUUCAAAGAAGAAGUUCUAUGAAGAAGCUGCCGAGUUAUACAAAGAGAUUAACGCCCAAAUAGCCAAUGGAGACAAAGGAUUAUUGAGGAAGUCAGUAACAGAGAACAUGUAUUCUGUAGGCUCUCAAGAACGAAAUCAAGCAAAGGGAGACAGUUUGGAGUCAUGUCUACUGGGAACUAGUAAUGCCAAUUGUCAAAAUACGAACACUGCGAGCUCGAUUGGCAAAGCCACAAAAUUUGAUGUCUCACUCGGUGCACCUUGCUGGUAUAAGUACUCUUAUGCCGGCAGUACUCUUAUGCUGGCUUCUGAUGAGGACCUAAUUGGCGUAGAUCGAAACGACCUCAAUAAAGUGUUUGUCCAACUUACUCUUGAAUUUCUUAGUAAACAGAAGUUUGAGGCUUAUGAUUCCAGUGGAGCUGUUGUUGCUGGUGAUAAAAACAAGGAGAUUUUGGAACCGAGCAUCCUUUCAGCAACCGAGCAUCUCAAGUUUUUGACUGGGAAUCACUCUUUAAACUAAAUUAGAAGCUGCAUGCCGUAUAUAUGUAUAUCUGUAUUAUUUGUGAUGAUGUAAAAAGACAUUCCAUUGUUGGGGCCAGGUUCUCGUACGUGAUAUAUGGGUCUUUGAGAAAUCUCUUUUCCACCAAGGAGCGUUUUGGCGUCUUUGUGAAAGGUGAAAAAGGCGCAUGGC